AUGGUGUGGCUAUAUGAUGAGGGGUGUAGAGGUGUGGUGGAGAAGGCGUGGGAGGAGGGAAGGGAUCGAGGCUUGCAGGAUUGCAUUGGAUACUGUGGCGACCAUCUAUCGCGAUGGGGUGGUGAUUGUUUCCAUAAAUUUGGUGAGCAAUUUAUGAACCUCCAGAAAGAGCAAUUGCAUUUGAAAGGAAACAGUGACCCAGCCUCACUGGCUGAAUUCCAACGCCUUGGGGAACUAUUGGAUCGUAUUGAAUCACAGGAUGAUGCCUACUGGAGACAAAGAGCCAAACAACACUGGCUAAAGAGUGCCGAUGCCAACACAAAUUUUUUUCACAGGUAUGCCUCUCAUCGUAAGAAGAAGAAUACUAUUGAUAGACUUAUGAAUGAUUAUGGGGAUUGGGUGGAAGUUUUGAUCCCCAAGAAAGAAACCCCAGAACUGGUGUCUGAUCUUAGGCCUAUUGCAUUAAGUAAUGUGGUUUAUAGGAUUAUGGCCAAGAUGAUUACCAAUCGGAUGAGAAGAUAG